AUGUCCACCGAAACCCCCUCCCGCAAACCUUACACCGGCUCCUGCCACUGCGGCCACAUCCGCUACGUCGUCCACCUCACCCUCCCCCCCGCCAUCCUCACCUCCAAGGCGCCUGCCGACCAAACCGUCCGCAUCCGCAAAUGCAACUGCACCACCUGCCACAAGUUCGGCUACUUCCACGUGCGCCUCCCCUGCGCACCCGACGAUUUCUACCUCCUCUCCCCCGUCCCCGCCACCUCCACAGGCGACUCGGCCGAGCUGGCCGACAUGGGGCCCGAGGGGCUGAGCGUGUAUCGCUGCUUUUCGGGGGCGUCGGCUUGGUAUUUUUGCGGGAAGUGCGGGACGAGGUGCUUUACGUGCUUUGGGCCGAGCGAGGUCGUGGAGAUGGAUGUCCCAGAGGGGUUGAAGGGCGUGGAGGCCGGGACAGGGGUGAAAGUGUGGAAGUUGAGGAAGGACUCGAAGGAGGGGUGGAGGGAGGGGAGCGGGGGGAAUGGAUAUUUCACCCUCAAUGCUCAUACGCUGGAGGCUGGGCAGGACGGGUUGGAUUUGAGGGAGUGGCAUGAGAAGGGGUGGAUUCUUUACUUAGAUUGUUUGGACGGGGUGGAGGAGAAUCGGUUUGGAAGGCCGUUGAGGGGUGGGUUAUAUUGA